AUUGCGGGCGUCAGUGGCCAUGGCGGAUACAGCGACUACAGCAUCAGCGGCGGCGGCUAGUGCCGCUAAUGCUUCGACCGAUGCACCGCCUUUCCAACUGGGUAAACCCCGCUUCCAGCAGACGUCCUUCUACGGCCGCUUCAGGCACUUCUUGGAUAUCAUCGACCCUCGCACACUCUUUGUCACCGAGAGACGUCUCAGAGAAGCUGUGCAGCUACUGGAGGACUACAAGCAUGGGACCCUGCGACCAGGGGUCACCAAUGAACAGCUCUGGAGUGCACAGAAAAUCAAGCAGGCUAUUCUGCACCCGGACACCAAUGAGAAGAUCUUCAUGCCUUUUAGAAUGUCAGGUUACAUUCCUUUCGGGACGCCAAUUGUGGUGGGUCUUCUCUUGCCCAACCAAACACUGGCCUCCACUGUCUUCUGGCAGUGGCUGAACCAGAGCCACAAUGCCUGUGUCAACUAUGCAAACCGCAAUGCUACCAAGCCGUCUCCGGCAUCCAAGUUCAUCCAGGGCUACCUGGGAGCUGUCAUCAGUGCUGUCUCCAUUGCUGUGGGCCUUAAUGUCCUGGUUCAGAAAGCCAACAAGUUCACCCCAGCCACCCGCCUUCUCGUCCAGAGAUUUGUGCCAUUCCCUGCUGUAGCCAGUGCCAACAUCUGCAACGUGGUCCUGAUGCGGUACGGGGAGCUGGAGGAAGGCAUCGAUGUCCUGGAUGCUGACGGCAACCUCGUGGGCUCCUCCAAGAUUGCGGCCAGACACGCCCUGCUGGAGACGGCGCUGACACGGGUGGUCCUGCCCAUGCCCAUCCUGGUGCUGCCCCCGAUCGUCAUGUCCAUGCUGGAGAAGACGGCUCUCCUGCAGGCGCGACCCCGGCUGCUCCUACCUGUGCAAAGCCUCGUGUGCCUGGCAGCCUUUGGGCUGGCCCUGCCACUGGCCAUCAGCCUCUUCCCGCAGAUGUCAGAGAUCGAAACAUCCCAGUUAGAGCCUGAGAUUGCCCGGGCCACAAGCAGCCGGACGGUGGUAUAUAACAAGGGGCUGUGAGUGGUGGCCGGCCGGCCUGGGGACAGAGCAUCGUCCAGGCCGGGGAGUUUGGGGCAGGGAAGGAGUCUCAUGGGCUGCACCUGCAGGGAGGGCAGAUGGACCCCACAGUCCCAGGCCACCUGGGGGAGCACUCAGCCCACGUGGUAGGGAGACUAAUCCAUUCACAUUUUAACCUAGGGGAGAGGAAUUCUGACACAUUUCCUAUACAAAAGAAUCAAGUGCAUUUCUGGGCCUUAUGUGGGGUUAUCAAAACUCUACUCAGCACAAUUAUGUAUGAAACUGGAAAACUACAGAGUGCCCACAGGGUAGAAUUAGGAUCCUUUUAUACUUUGAUUUAUUUUUUUCUUUUUCUUUUUUAUCAGAAUUAAGUCUGAGCCUUGGUUGCAGGUGACCAGAAGUGGCAAGUGAACAAAUGAUGGGAGCCUAGGAACUGGGUUGGUUUGGUAGCUGGGCUGGUAGAUUUAGAGUGGCCAGGCCAGAUGGCUCCUUAGGCUGGAGAUGGGGAGGAAGAGGAGGUGGUCUGUACCCGACAGGAUGAACUAGCCAUGUUGAAGGUCCUCAGGACAGGACCCAGGGAGUCAAGGAGCACUGGAGGCCUCUGGAAGAUUCUUUGGGCAGCAGGCUCUCAUAGUGGUCAGCUCUUAUUCAUGUUACAGCUGCAGACCCAAUUCCUCUGCCAAAUGCCCAGUGAUACUGGGACUAGGGUCAACCCUCAUGGAGCUCUCACUGAUUCCAGUCCCCUGCAAGGACCCCAGCUCCAAGCAGAAAACCCCAAGAAGGAAUGAUGCUUCCAGUGCAGGAACCAUGCCCCUGCACUGGCCUCUGCAGAAGGAUCCUCUUGCAAGCACAUGCUGGGGCUGAGGAUGAGCUGGAACUGGUCCACCUGUUGUCCAGGGAAUCUCCAGCCAUUGAUGCUGCCUGCAACAUUCCACCGCUUCCUGAGUAGGAGGGUCUCGUGCCUGAGAACGCCGAAGCCAGAUCCCUGGGAGCUAUCUCAGCAUCGACCCAGGAAUGGUGGGGCCCAGCUCUGGCACCAAUGGGCCGGUGACUGGGCAAUUCACUCCUUUCCCUUGGCCUCCCCUCCUGGCCCAGAAGCAUAAGACUGGAUCAAGGGGUUCCCAUCACUCUUCCAGCUUGUCCUUUCCUGUCCUGCUCAGGUGCUGGUCAUCCUGGGCACAUGCCCAGUGUGGACACUGGACUGGGAAAGGGGCAGGCCCCUUGGAAUGGCUAGCAGUUGGCCUCAGAAAUCAGACCUUGCCUUUCUGUGUGUGACCCCACAUCCUGGAAGACUUGAACCUUUGCCCAAAACUUAGCCAUUCUGGAGGAGGAGAAAGUGUGGGUGCCUGGGCCUUGGGGGUGGGCCACACUUGCAUGCCACCCCUCAGCUCUGCAGCCUCAGAGGCCCCUACCUGCUAGCUCCCAUCUCCCUUUCCUCUGCAGGACAAGGACAAGGAGAGAGUUCUAUAGUGGGAAGCAGGACCUGGGUGGGGGGUCAGCAGGGUAACUCCUUGUCUGAAAGACCCAAAGGAAGGGGAAUCACUGGCUUCAAUGUGCCCCUCGCCUGACCCCCACAAUGACAGAAGCUCUCGACAGGCAGCCUCUGGGCCUCCCUCUCCUGGUGACUCCACCUUGGGAGGAAUCUGGGCUCGAGCCUCUGCAAGGCACAAGAGUGUGGCCACAGAUGGCCCCUCAGCAACUUAGGGCAGGUGUAUCUGUGAUGAAGGGGUCUUCUGUGGGUACUGACGGCGGGUUCCCACCCAGAAGCCACGGUGCCCCUGCCCCUCAGCCAGCCCCUGGUGACCAGCAGCUGGCUCUGCAGGAUGUUGUCCUUAGGGCCCACCACUCUCCUGAGGAGCAUGCCACCCCUGCUCUUCAGGAAAGGGAGAAGACAUAAAAGAGCAGCGAGGGCGAAGUAGCAUGGGAGAGGGGCCAUGGUGUUGAAGGGGGAAACACUUUUGAGCCAAUCCUGUCAUAAUGUGAGCCGCCAAUGACUGCUGUGCUGUGCUGUCUCUAGGCCUGGAUGGGGGCUUGGCAUGUUUGGGUCCUCUUUUGAAGAGCUCACUCCAAGCUCAGCCUGCCCCCACUUGUCAUAGGGUCUUGUUCUCAUGCACUUUAUCCUGGGGACCAAAACUGCCUCCCAAGCCAUACUCCCUCUGGAAGUAUGGCCAGAGAUGAAGCCUUUCCAGUUCCCCUGUGCUGGUUGCCCCUGCCCAUCCUCACCCUGCCCCAUCCCUGUGGCCUCAGCCUCCCAUAACUUACACGCUUUUUAUCUGGAUGAUUUUCAUCAAGCUCUCAAAUGCAAUUCCUAUGAGCCAAAGGAAUGUUCCUGUAGGGGUGUGGUGGUAAAGGAUCCUCAGGGUAAUAGUGACAGAAGGACAGCAGGCCAUCCUGCUAAGCCUUGGUCUGGCUUUGAAAAACCCCAUAGAGGGAAACUUUCUGCUCAUGCCCAUACCCAACUCUGCUGAGGCCAGGGGAGUGAGGGCUCGGGGGCGGCUGGGUUGGGUAAACCUGGCUCAGCUUUGCUGGAAUACAGGGCACAUCUGCAGCUCUGGUGUCCUUUCCCAAACCCCUCUUAUCACUUCAAACAUUCCCUCAGGCUUGAGGAUGCCCUUCUCCCAUUUCUGGAAAGCAAUUUCAGAGUGCAGAAGGCAAAAUCCCAAGAUGUCAGGAUGGCCACCAGACCUCUUUUCAUUUCCUGAUUGUGAGCUGGCUACUUUCCUGUUCUGAAUCUGUGGCCUGGGAGAAGGGUGGGGUUCAUGAGGAGAAGAGCCCGUGGAAGAUCUAAGGUGGUCUUCCAGCCUUGGGUGGGUAGGAGUGAGGCCCCAACCCACAUGCCUCAGCACACCCAGGGGACUUUACAGUGUCUUUUUAACCUUCUCAGAAAUUUUCUCAGCCUAUGUGAUUUAUGUAAUACUAAUGAACUGUGGGCAAUAAAUGAUGGAUUU